AUGGUCCGUAACAAGAACGGCAAAGGCAGAGGCUAUGACAACCCCAAAGCUGAGCACAAUGCGAUCAGUGCCAAAGAGAAACGGCACAUCGAGAACAACACCGCGAACUUCGUUAUCCAUCCAUCCAUGAAGGACGACUACUGGGCUUCGCUCGACCGUCUCAAGAGACCAGCUGCUAAUGAAUUCUACGAAGACCUGAUACUCUACGGCGACUAUCCCGGUGGCCCCAAAGAUCCUAACAAAGCGGAAGCUCCUUGGCCGAGCAAGCCAGCUGCUACGAUAGAAGACCCCGAUACGAACCACACUAGUCAUGAUACUCAGGCGCAAGGUAUUGGAGCUAAGAUAGUUUCAUUCGGUCAUGUAUCCAGCACCUCUGUGGACGGCGAGAGCAACACCUCUGAAGUCGAAGCAUCCAACGAAGACACCGUAUUGGAGAGCGCGAACGAAGCAAAUGUCGCCAACACAGUCAGCAUCAAUCGGCCAUCGCGAGAGACUAGCAAGAUUCUGUCCAUCCCGCGUGCCAGUCUUCAAGACGCCCCUGCAAUCAACUUUCACGAAACCUCGACCCCCAACUCAGCUCCAUCACCUUCCGCUUCAAGGGGUGGAAGGAUAGUUCCAGUGAAUCCUGAGCUAUCUAAGACUCUGUCCAAUCUGAAAGGUGCCUCGAAAUAUCCUCUUAGAACAUCGCUUCGUACCAAACCAGAACGAGGCGAAGUGAUCACGAACUCGUUCCAGAUGAGGAUCAAUGAGAAAGCAGUCUUCGCCGAGUAUCGCAUUCUUGGCAUACCAGCAUCUGAAUCACGGGCUGGGAAGAAACGUUACAUGGAGACCGCCAUCCAAAACGUACCCUUCCUAAACAACAAUCGUGGGAACUUUGCAACUGACAACGCCGACACCAUCAUUUCUUGGGUGAAUCUACAUCAGUAUGCGGGCGCUCAGAUUAUGAUUGGUCAUCCAACUACUAGUGUUGGAGCCAUAUACCGACUGGUGGAUAUCGAUGAUCGAAACACUACUGCGCAGCUCAGCUUAGAGUACAAGAGACGGAUUGAUUUUGCCGACUUACGGUCCUACGCAAACACGUCGCACGCUGAUCCGUCCAACUACGAUCCAAGCGCAGAAGAGUAUGCGCUCAAUACCAUCAUGUCCAGAUGCAUUGUGCACGACAAUACUACUUUGCAUCUGAACAACCACAAGUUCUACGUCCGCAAUGCCUUCCGAGAUCUAGUAACAUCUGGACAGGGAGCUAUUGCGCCUCUUAGAUCCUUACGUGGCUAUUCCUACAGGGUACACGCGACUAUGGGUAACAUUCUUCUCAACAUUAGUCCAGUCAACAGCGCGUUUUGGAGACCUUUGAUGGUCAGUGAAGUUUUGCAACAUGGCCGCGGAACUUUCGGCGGAGAUAUCGAGGAAGCGAAGCGAGCACUCAAGAACGUCAGGGUCUAUGUCGUCUACCAUCGCGACAGCAAGGACAAUAGAUGCAAGCACCCGAGAUGUGGAAACCGCGCCAAUUGCACAGCAAAUAACAGGGCCAACUUACCCAGCCUCGACGAUCAGCAUGCGAGACUAAAGACAAUCUGUGGCUUUGGGCUGGCAUGCAACCAGGAAACCUUCAGGUGGGAACACAAAGACGCGCAAGGAAAUGCCAUCGCAGCGCAUAGCAUCAAUGUUACUGUCGAAAGGUACCAGUACGAACAAUACGGACGGACGCUGCGACAUCCUGGCUCGCCUGCGGUGAACGUUGGCACCAAUCUGGCACCUACGUGGUUUGCCCCAGAGGAUCUUCGCAUCGUUCCAGAUCAGAUUUAUGCAAAGAUCAUACCUGAUGCAGUAGCAACCGAUUUCCACAACGACGCCUGCAGGCCGCCUGCAGUUAUCCGAUCACGCGUUGAACGAGAAGCACUCUCUCGCAUUCCAAUUACUCAAGUUGAAGGCCUCGCCCACUGUCCACACAUACGCAUGAGCCCUCACAUGAUCCAGAUACCCUCCGUUCGCCUGCCUUACCCGGCGAUAAUGUAUCAAGGCAACGCUACCAACAAAGUCGUGGAUCAGCGCUCUGGCAGAUGGAACCUCCAAAACGCUAAGUUCCUACAACGCAAAGCUGGCAACGUUUCUUGGAAGCUUAUCGCGGGACCAAACGUUGACCCUAGAGGUGACUCAGUGAGGCGCGUGGAAACGCAUUUCAACGCAGCACUGAGACAAUAUGGGGUGGCGCUGAACAGUCGAAUGGAAGGUCAGCCGCUGAAUUUGUCGAAUGCUACAGAGGAUGAUCUGUCCGGCACCCUUCGUGUCUACCUCCAAAGCCGACAGGAUCAACGACAGCCAGUACCAGACCUCUUUGUCUUGCUACUGAGCCAAAAAGACCAAAACAUUUAUUCCAACUUCAAGUACCUGGCCGACAAAGUCUACGUGCUUCAAUCAAUUUGCAUGAUCGAGGCCAACACGAAGGGCAACGGCAUCGCACAGUAUAUGGCCAACAUAGCCAUGAAAGCAAACCUCAAGAUGGCAGGCAUCAAUCAUUCCACACCGGGCCUAGACAAGGAUCUCAGUAACACCUUGGUUCUAGGUGCCGACUGCACACAUCCAGGUAGCGGAGCGCUAGCGGGCAGCCCUUCCGUUGCUGCUGUUGUCGGAUCAUUGGAGGCAAAUGGGGGCAGGUUUCGUGGAAAACUCAAGCUACAACGACCCAAAGAAGAGAUUAUCCAUGACAUGGGAGAUUUCCUCGUCGACCACUUCACCGCUUGGUACAACUUUCAUGGGAAGUUUCCUGAGAACGUACUCUACUAUCGUGACGGUGUCAGUACCUCACAAUACGAUGACGUCGUUGACGUGGAGCUCGCAGGUAUCGAAGAAGCUUUCGAAGAUUUGAUCGAAGCCCAGAAAGGCGUGGGCGUCAAGCCGUUGAAGAUCACGGCAGUCAUCGUUACCAAGCGGCACAGUACCCGUUUCUUUCCUCGCCAAAAGAACGAUGAGAUGACAAACGGCAACUGCAAGCCCGGACUCCUCGUGGAUCGCUCCAUAACGUCACCGUACUACACCGACUUCUACCUUCAAUCACACAACGCCAUCAAGGGGACCGCGCGUUCUGCUCACUAUAUGGUGAUUAGGAACGAUAUGGGAAUGUCAACCGACCAGCUGGAAGAUCUGACGCACAAACUGAAUUACACCUACGUUCGAGCUACACUAGGUGUAUCCUACGCGGCACCCGCCUACUAUGCUGACCGCCUUUGUGAGCGAGCGCGCUGUUACCUACGCAAAUAUUAUGUCCCCAACAACAACGCGCGCUUCGACACCCGAAAUCAGCUCCGUAACGUGGAAACCGCCGUCAAUCAGAAUCGCAACGCUACCAACGCGAACGUGCCACCACGCCCCAGAGGUCACAAGAAGACGGAUGCAGAGAUCCAGGCGGAGAAGGCUGAUGCAAAAGACGUCGCCGACAGGAUGUACAAUUGGCUCAACCCAAUCGCCGAGAACAGGUUGGACGCUGAGCGAGAUGAUGUUGCGAAGAAUCCUGCAGGAGAUGAGAGACAGAGGCAUAUGCUGGAAACCAUGUAUUGGAUGUAG